CGCGCCAGCUGUUUCUUUAUUUACACCGCCGCGGCAAGCACGUUUGAAAUAGUUCUUUAAUUACAUAAAAAUCACAGAAAGUUGCAAUAGAUAAUAUGGCUCUGCGGUUACUCAGCCGUUCAAUGGCCUCAAGUAUGCGUGGCUUGCAAUUAAACGCCACUAAGAGGGGGUUAAAUGGUUAUAACAUCAAUCGUUCUGUGGUUUCCCCUACAUCCUUGUCAUGGUUACAGAAUCGGGUUCUGCACGUGAGGAUUACGGAUCAGGAAGCCGGUUUACAAACCAAACGAGAGGCCAACAGGAAGCACAACCCUUUUCGCGAAGAAAUCCAUGAAGAACCUAUCACAGAAGCACCUAGGGAGAGACAAAAAUUUAGAUCAGAAAAAAAACCCAAAGAGAAGUCGCCCGAAAUGGUUCAGGACUUUGGGGAUCCAGAUACUUUUGGCGAUGCCAAAUUUAUUCAGACUGAAGACCCUGGAGAUGUAGAAGAAGAGGAGUUCAUUAAGAAUUCCACACGGCGUUCUAAAAAACUGCAGACUGUGGAAUAUGCACGCCUGAUCAAGGAUCAUCUAAAGGCAAACCGCCUGAAUGAGGCCAUUGCGGUGCUAGAACAAAAGAUGCUGCGAGAGGAUCGCGCUAAACCGGACAAGUACAUAUACAACCUGCUGAUUAGCGGUUGCGCUAAGGCGGGAUACACGCGCAAGGCUUUCACCCUAUACACCAAGAUGAGGCAACGGGGUCUUCAAGUUACCGGUGGAACCUAUACAUCGCUGUUCAACGCCUGUGCAAAUGCUCCCUCCUUGGGCGAUGGUCUGGCCAAGGCACAAAUUUUGCGCGAGAACAUGCUAGAGAAGGGAUACGAACCGAAUGUAAAGAACUACAAUGCCAUGAUCAAGGCCUAUGGAAGAUGCGGAGAUGUAGACACCGCCUACAUGCUGGCCGACGAGAUGAUGGAGCGACAGCUGGACCUAAAUGCAGACACAUUUAACUUUCUCCUUCAGGCAUGUGCCAGCAACUCAGAACACGGCUUCCGGCAUGCUCUGCUCACCUGGCACAAGAUGUUGCAACGAGGAAUCAAACCGGACUACUAUAGUUUUAAUGCGAUGUUGAGAUGUGCUAGGGAUUGUAACUUCGGUGAUUUGGAUUCGAUGCGUGAGGUUCUCGAUCAAAUUGCUCCGGCAGCAGCGGGAAAAAAACAAACUCUUCAGUUGGAGGAUGGGCAAAAAGAUGAUUUGCCUACCAUAUCUUCUAGCAACACUUCCUUGCCUUCCCAAAUUGAGGUAUCCACAACAGCAAGUGAGCUGGAACUUCCAAAUCUUUUGCUUCCUCGUCCCCAUUUGGGCAGUUUGGUUGCAUUGGAGGAGGUGACACGUCCGCAUGAGCGCUUUUUGUUGCUCGGCGGCCUUACUGGUUUUCUAGAACACAUGAAACAGCACAACAUCACACCCGAUAUCGAAGCAUUUACCACAAUGCUGGAGGUGAUACCGCCAACAAACGCCGCAGAAAAACAGCUUCUCACUUUUGUGCGAAAGAUUGGUCUUAAAGCGGACAUAGACUUCUUUAACAUACUGAUCAAAAAGCGUUCAAUGCGUUUUGAUUACGAGAGUGCUCGAGAAGUGCUCACCAUGAUUCGCACAGCGGGAUUGCGUCCGGAUAUUGUCACCUACGGUGUCCUCGCUUUAGGUUGUCGUACUCAAGAAGAGGCAAGGGAACUGCUGCAACAGAUGCAGUCAGCCGGGAUAAAGAUGAACAUGCCUAUUCUGGGUGCAAUGCUGCGGCAGGGAUGCGCCAAAAAGUCCUUCACCUACAUUAACGAGAUCAUUCAGUUAAGUUUGGAGGAGAAUAUCAAACCAAAUGAAACCUUUCUACGCCAUUUGCACAACUUUCACAGGGGAUGUGCCAGAGCAAUUGAUGCCAGGCAUCCCUCAACAAAGACUGCCGCCUUCAAGAAGGGACACUCCAAAUUCUGUGAUAAAUACCGCUUGUACUACGAGGAGUUGGGAUUAGCUGGUCUCAAGCUGGAAGAUGCCAUCGCCAAGGUGAAGGAGCGUCCAUAUGAGCAGUAUAAGCUACCAUCCGUAAAAGGAAUGGAACCCCUUAAGAACGAUCAUCUCAAGCACAAAACGAAACAGCGGAAGUACAUCAAAAAGAUCAAGAUAAAUGAACUACGAGAUGACCCGCCAAAAGAGCCUUUAAAAAGUAUAGAAUAAGUCUAAAAGUAUAACUCUCAUUAAAGUUUAUUAUUUGUUAACCAAU